AUGAAAGUGAGUAAAGACACCAAGAAGCCAGCCGAAAGAGCCGCACGAGCAUGCUUGAACUGUCGAAGACGCAAGGUGAAGUGCAGUGGGCAGUCGCCAUGCGCCAACUGCCGGAACUACAACUGUGCCUGUACCUACGCGGUCAGCGAGGCACAGCCACAACAAGAACACUGCUUUAACCAUCCUCGAGACGUGACCAGAAUGAUAGGACGCAUGGAAAAGUCUCUUGAGAGUCUCGAUGAGCUUUUGCACAACAACAGCGAGUCGUGUGCGGUACUGAGCGAAAUGUCCGCCAAGAUCGAGCAUCUCAAGUCGCUGCUCGACACUGGGAUUAAUGCGAAGUGGGUUACCGCGUACCGAGGCGAGAAGAGUUUGGAGUACGAGAUCACGUACCGGAACCACUCACUCUUCAGAAGAUAUCAGCCGUCGAUCUCGAACCUUAAAAGCGCGUCAGGGACCACGUACGAGCUAUACUCGCCCAUUAUGUCUCUUUCAGUCAAAGGUGUCUCGAGCGUGAUGCACAAGCUGCUGUCAUAUGCGGAUAACGAGGCUGCGCGUGAGACGUUUUAUCUAUUCUUGAAGUCAUUUGACGCGGCAAACACGUUCUAUCUGACCAGCGCUGCGUUCUGGUCGAUGCCGCUAUCCACGAACCUCAACCAGUUUUCAAGUGCGCCGGCUCGAGGCACAACGCCGCUGCGACUGCUUGUGUCACAAAUUCCUGCGGAGCUAUGGCCGUCGCCCGAGGCCCGCGAAAAGGUAGAUCUCACGAACGCAACGCAGGCAUGUUGCGAACUCGUGCGUGUGCUCGAGAAGCACUAUCGCAUCAACGGCGAUUUGCCGUUUGGCGACGGAAACCUGCAUAGCUUUGUGCAAUUUGUUGGCAUGGACCAACUGAUCACCACAGCGUGCGCGGAGCUUUUGACACGUAGCACGCUGUCCGAAUUUCUCAGCAUAGAAUAUGCGGACGCGCUCUUGUCUUUCCUCGAGUGCAAGACUGCGCUCGAAACCUCUGACCGCCUGUGCAAGAUUGCAGCGAUUGCAGUGCGUAUGCUCAUAGACCUGGGACUCGACCGCUGGGAAUACUAUGUUAGCGUCGACGAGCACACCGCAAACCGCCGCCGCAAGCUGUGGUGGCGUGCGUACUGGUGGGACCGUCUACUCUCGUGUUACAGUGGCCGCGCACCUAAGGUCAACGAUGCGCACGUUACAUGCUUGUUUCCCCGCGAGGUCAUGGCAUUGGGGAUAGACGACUCUAUGGACCACACUACAAUCUUGGAAAACAUUCCCAAGAGCGGAACGGAUCUUGAAGCCGUCAUGCUCGCCGCGUACCUAGCUGCGGGAAGGCACACUUCCUAUAUGUUUACGAACGUGCUUCACGCGCGACGUUUCACACACUACAAAUUGCAUUCUGACGUCGGCGUCGCUGCUUCGGACCUGAUCGAAGAGCUGAACGUGGAAGUUGAUGGCAUACUGCGGUUCCAGGCGCGCUUGGACGCGCAGAUCGGCCCCUACCGCGAGGCGCUUACCGCACACCCCAUUUAUCAGCCAGUGCUGCCGCACCUUGCCUGUGUUUCCCUGUGUCUUUUACUUGCCGUCGAAAACCUAAUUCGCCGCGUGCGUGAAGCCGUGGCGACGGCGCGUCCGCUGCCGGCGGCCAAGUCCCUAGCGCGCUGCCGCAACCAAACGCUCGAUUCCGCGCGUGCCCUACUCGUCGACGUCGCGCACUGCAAAACUCUGCGCCAAUUUCUUGCCGACAAGCUUGCCUCAACAGUCGCUUUCCUAGUGGCUGUGGACCACUUCAUCCACGGCGAACCCAAUGCCGUCGAUCCAGCGUUGCUCGCCUUGAUCUGCAGCUUUGCCCACCAGCUCACAAGGUUUUCGGUCACGCACAAAAGCGAGGGUGAUGAAGGCGCACAUACAGAGCUGCGCUACCCGAGCUCUAUCCUACUGGUACUAGCGCGGAUCUGCUUGCAGAUCCACAAUGCACGACACAGCCCCUCCGGUGCCGAUACAUUGAGCAGCGCGCUUGCCGAAGUCCUACCAGCCAUAACAGUGCCUGAAGUGCGCGCGACUGUUGCCGAGCUGCUUACUGUAACUUCGCGUAUCUGGCGACCGGUGUUAAGCUGCAAGGACGUUUCUGCAUACCAUGGCGCGAUUCUGCGCCACUUGGAUAGCGGCGACCCCGCCGUCGCAGAAACAGCGCGCAGCGCUGGAAGCAGCUUCACACGCACAGAUAGCGUCGACCAGCACGCCGAUGCCAACCGCGGUGGUAGCGCAAUGGGCACCGCCGCCGCGGCUGACGUGGACGACGGUCCUACAGAUCGCGGUCACGUGUAUCAGUCCACCGCGUUUGAUGCUCAGCUACUGGAGCUCGAGGCGCUGUUGGACUUCAGCAGACUGCCGGACCUGGCGUCCGUGCUGUGCGAUUACGCAGGCAACAGUGAGGCCCCCGCGGACCUUUGA